GGAGCCACUUAAGUGCAUCAUCGCUCUCACCGCGAGGCGCAGCUUAGGAUUGAUUCCUUUUGAAGAAUCUGCCCAGUCUCGGUAAUAGCCUAUGUAUGUACUUACAGGGGUUGACGUCAGGUUACACAGGGCUUCAAGCUUGUUUUCGCCCGGAGCAGCAGAUAAUAAAUUGCCCCGCUCCAAUUGCGACGCACUAACAACACCACCAUCAUUGGCACUGCAUCAUAGUGUACAUGGUGUACAUAAUGCGCCUAAUACUCGCCCUUGCCCCUCCCCUUCCCCCCCUUCCCCCCAACCGCCGUGAAUUAUUGUGCUACUGUUCUGCCGUUCUGCCGUUCAUUACUCAUAGCUUCCCAACUUCGACACUUCUUGAAUCAGUUUAGAGUUUGAUCCGUUUCCCAACUACACAAACUUAUCAAUUUACACUCUCACACUUAUCACACACUUAUCACACUUACUAGUAGUAAGUUACUACCCACUAACACGCGCCAACAAUGUCCGCGUACGACCCUUAUGACCCUCCCCCGCGCGAGUAUUCCCGUCGGGUUUACCAUGAAGAUCGCCGUGAGAGGGCAAGUCCCCGGUACGCCGAGACUCAGGAAACAUACUACAGGGUAAAUCCAACGAGCCGCACCGCACUUGUGCCUCGAACGAGGGAAGAUAGUGACCAGCUUUCCGUCGAGGAAGUUAAUAGAGACUUUCCCCCUCCUGGUUACUCCCGAGAUAUCCGUAGGGCCAAAUCCGCCGACCCUGGUUACGAUGAUUACUACUACGACUCCCGCCGCCACGACGGUGCACGGGAUCACCGUCCUCGUAAGAAGCCCGCUAGUGUUUAUUACGAGGAGGAGGAGAGAGCCCGCAAGCGCGUACUAUCUAAGCAAGAAAAGAUCAUCGCCGCUGUCGCCGGUGGUCUCCUCGCUGCUGGCGCCAAAGAGCUAUGGGAUCGCCAUGAAGCAGAGAAGGAUGGCGUCGAAGUUCAACGCAACAUAGCCGCCUCCGCUGCUCUUGGCGCUGCCGGCGCGCUUGCCGGCUACCAAGGAGUAGACUAUUACAGCAAGCAUGCCAAUAAAGAUGACAAAAAGUCAACCUACAUUGUUCACAAAGGACGAGACGGUAAAGUUGUCGAGUACUAUUCCGACGAGGACGAUGACGACUCCAGACACCAAAAAGGCAACAAGUCUUUUCUUGAAAACGCCCUGGCCGCUGCUGGUCUGGGAGGAGCUAUCAAGGCCUUGACCGGUGGCGGUUCUGAGAGGGAUUCAAGAAGUCGCCGCGGUAGUCCAGAUUCGUACCGUUCGCGAGGUAGCACAAAGAGCUCGAAGGAUACUCCUGCGGCUAGAAUGCAAAAGGCCGCCAAGGCGUCGCUCGUCGCAGGCGCCGCAGAGGCUUUCCGUGUUGCGAAGGAGCCUGGCGGAUGGAAGGGAGAGAAGAUGAAGCGAGUUCUUACCGCGGCUGCUGGUGCUGCAACCAUCGAUGCUGCUCAUGAUCCUUCCAAGGAUGGCAAACGCCACCUUGUGGAAUCCGUUAUCGGUGGCCUUCUUGGCAACCGCAUGCUCAAUGGCUCCAGAAAGGACAUCGAGGAGGAUCGAAGUACAGGUCGGAGCAGGUCCCGCUCUCGUGCCCGCUCUCGUGCACGCUCCGAGGGUGGCGGAGGACCCGGUCUUGCGGCGCUAGCUACGGCAGGCUUGGGUGCUUUGGGUGCCAAAAAGCUUAUCAGCGGCCGGAGUCGGUCUCGAUCCCGUCCUCGCCGGGAUAGUGUCGACUCAUACGAUAGCCGAAGCCCCUCGCCCCCAAGGCGCCGUAGCCGCAGCCGCAGUAUCGUUGAUAAGACACGACGCAGCCUAGCUAAAAUUGGCCUAGGCAAUGACCCUGAUGAUAAGGACGAUGACUAUUAUGACGACCGGUCUUCUCGCCGGAGUCGUCAUAGAAGCCCAUCAGACGACCGCUAUGAUGAUGAUCACAAGUCUCGUGCCUAUAUGAGAGGAGGCCGAGGCCCUGCUAACGACGGUUAUGAUGAUUAUGAUGAGGAGGAGCGUUCUAUUGGUAGUGGGCGACCGCGUAGUUCGUCCCGUUCACGAGGAGAUGGGCGUCAUCGCCGCCACCACCACCAUCGCGACGACUAAUGUACCUAUAUAUCCCGCUGUAAUGCAGCAAGGGGUUUCUUGUGCUACCUGAUUCUUACCUGCGUCACCGAAAACGGGUCCAGGCGUUUGGAGCACCGGCCCUCUUGCAGCACAAGCGCGGAACAGGGACGUCUACCAGUGGACGUUCUCUCGCUAACCGGAUGCCACGGAUUUGCAUCUCUGCUAUCACGAAAUUCGAUUUGGGACUUCGGAACCAGUCAGCGGCCGUAAUGAGGAUGCGCACGGGGGUGAUAACAGGAUCUACAGGGUAUUUUUUUUAUUGGGACUCGGUAGGAUCGAGAUUACAACGGUUCCGACAAGUGGGAAGGACAGAAGGGGGAAAAGUGGCACAGAUUAACGCACGCGUGGCAAGUUGGGAUGGGGAUUUGAUAGAAGAUUCGGUUGGGAAUCGCGAACGGGAUCUAAGGAUACUAUUAUAGGUACACGUACCCGGGGGGGCGGUGUGUAUAAAUGGAGAGAGGAGAGGGGAAAUUGGGGAUGGAGGGAUGCUGCAGGUUUUCUAGAUGUUUGGGUAUUUCCGGGGGUGCUAUACUACAUAUCACCACCUGUUUGAUGAUGACGAUGACGACGUUGAGAUUAUUUCCGAUUGGACGAUAUUAUGAAAGUCUUUUCCCUUUUCUUUAAAAACAAAUAUUUUAUAUAUAUUCUUUCUUUUAUAGAGUCUAUUGCAACCUAAA